UAACAAAAGAGACAACAAAACUCUAGUCUGAGAUCCACUAAGCAAAAUAUAAAAUACGGUUAAAUUUUUUGUAACAACUUUCAGUAUUUUUCAGGUUUUCUAACGGUCCAACCAAAACUGUAAAAAAUGGCUGCAGAACCACGUUGUUUCUUCGUCACCAUCCUCGCACCUCUAACUUCCACCAAAUUCACAGCACUCCAUGCCAUCACUACUGAUCCAUCUUCACUCUAUCCCAGCUGACCCAGAAAGACCAUGCAAACCCAUCGAACCCUCUCUGUGUUUUCUUAUUCUCUUCACGUUUUCCUUAUCCUUCUUCUGUUUUACUACACUACCGCAUCUGGGUUCGGAUCGAUGGGACCCAUCACCGCCUCUUUUGGUCAAGACGGCUUCUUCUGCGCCAUAGACGCCAGUGGUAAGCAGGACGUUAUUUGCUGGGGGAAGAACAACUCCUCCUCAUCUUCCUCGUCGUCUUCAUCGUUUUCCUCUGCUUCUGUCUAUUUCAGUGAUAUUCCUGCAAUGGCUUCUCUAUCAGGCGGUGAAGGAUUUCUCUGCGGCAUUUUAGCCAACACUUCGCAGGCAUACUGUUGGAGCCCCAACGGUCAAGGUGCAGAUCUCGUUCCUUCUAUAUUCCGGACCAUUGCUUAUUCGCAUAUUGCCGCUGGCAAGGACCAUGUUUGUGCUAUUAGAGGGCCCUAUUACUCUGAACACGAUUCGGGUAGUGUUGAUUGCUGGGAAAUUGUUAGAACUGCGAAUAAUAGUUUGAGUUCUAAGCAGAGUAUUCUGUUUUUUGAUGAGUCUAUUAGCAGUCGUGUUUUCAAAAGGGUUGUAUCUGGUGAAGGAUUUAGCUGUGGUGGAAUUAGAGAAGGAGGGCUUGUUUGCUGGGGACCCAACUCUGCGAGUUUGGGAAUCUCGGGUGUAUCGGAGAGUUUUAUAGUUUUAUCUGCAGGAAGGAAUUCUCUUUGUGGAAUAUCUGAACUGUCUGGUGAAGUAACAUGUUGGGGGGAUAUCGAUUGGUCUAUCGGCCCGCCAAACGGAACCAGUUUUGUUUCUUUGGCUGUUGGUGCACGUCAUUUUUGUGGGAUUCGGGAAGACAAUCAUGGGGUUGAGUGUUGGGGGAGUUUCAAUUCAUCUUCCAUACCAAAAGGUUCAGGGUUCAUGGCACUUGCUUCAUCGGACUUUAGAACUUGUGGGAUUAGGGAAGAUGAUUUGGUACUUGAUUGCUGGGUUGCUAAUGCCUCUGCUUCUCUUCGUUUUGUAUAUGAUCCUCCAUUGGAGUUGUGCAGUCCAGGUCUUUGCACUCCUGGUUCAUGUGGUGAGAGACAGUUUGCUUUUAAUGCUAGCAUUCUCCAUGAGCCGGAUUUGACCAGCUUGUGUGCACGAAAAGAUCUAAAGAUUUGUUCACCUUGUGGGUCAAAUUGUUCUGAAGGUUUCUUCUUGUCUAGUCCAUGUACCGAAAAUGCUGAUAGAGUAUGCACUGCUUGCUCUCUUUGCCAGAACAGCUCUUGCAGGGAUAUUUGUGGACUUCAUUCAACUUCUGAGAUGAAGAAGCUUUGGCAUCACUACCACAGCUUAGUAAUCAUAAUUGGAUCUUCAGCCUUAGCUUUUUUGUUGAUAUUAAUCGGUUGGUGUCUUCGCCCUUGUACUGUUGCUUCUCCACAAGAAGAUGGGACAAAGAAGCAAUUCAAAUCCUGCAUAGGCAAACCGGAAUUGGAAACUGAUAUCAACGCAGAUUUACACCCUCCUCCUUCUGUGGCUCCCUGUCCUGGGAUGGCUCAAGUGUUCAGACUCUCAGAGCUAAAAGAUGCGACUAACGGGUUCAAGGAAUUCAAUGAGCUGGGCAGAGGAAGCUAUGGUUUUGUUUACAGAGCUGUGUUAACAGAUGGAAGGCAAGUUGCAGUGAAGAGAGCUAAUGCCGCUACCAUAAUUCAUACCAACAGUAGGGAAUUUGAAAUGGAGCUGGAAAUCCUUUGCAAAAUUCGUCAUUGCAACAUUGUAAACUUAUUGGGCUACUGUUCAGAGAUGGGGGAGAGGCUUCUCGUAUAUGAGUAUAUGCCCCAUGGUACACUUUAUGACCACCUCCAUGGUGGGCUUUCUCCCUUGAAUUGGAGUGUUCGCUUGAAGAUUUCAAUGCAGGCUGCGAAGGGGCUUGAAUACCUUCACAAGGAAAUUGUGCCUCCCAUUGUCCAUCGGGAUGUCAAGAGUUCAAAUAUACUUUUGGAUUCUGAAUGGGGUGCACGAAUUACUGAUUUUGGGCUUCUUACUUCAUCAAAUGACAAAGAUCUUAGUGGAGAUUUGAAAACUGAUGUUUACAACUAUGGCAUUGUACUGCUUGAGAUUCUCAGUGGAAGGAAAGCAUACGACAGAGAUUACACUCCUCCAAGCGUAGUUGAGUGGGCAGUGCCUUUAAUUAGAAAAGGCAAGGGAGCUGCAAUAAUUGACCGGUAUAUAGCUCUUCCAAGAAAUGUUGAACCUUUGCUUAAACUUGCUGAUAUAGCGGAGAAGGCUGUGAGGGAAAAACCUAGUGAGCGUCCUACAAUGUUGGAGGUGGCAUCUUCUUUAGAACAAAUUGUGAAGGAUGGAUUGAUCUUGUGAUUUCUGAUGUAGUCAUCAGAUUGUACACACAUACACACACGAAUUGAUCAGUGAAGGACAUAUGUCUAAGAGCGGCUUCAGUGAAUACUGCUCCUCUGCAACUGUAAAUUGUGCUGAGCUUUUUGUACAUGACAUUACUUGCCACUCUCUUUUCCCUUGAUGAUAUUCACAAAGUUAAGGGAAUGGAAUUGUUGUGCUGUUCAACAUUUGUUCCCUCUUUGGAAGUUCAUUUUAUAAUUGGACUUCUUUGUGAGCAUUCCCAAGCUAUCCUCCAUUCGAUUUCAUCCAUAAAAAUAGCUUGGGGAUAUAUAUUUAUCGUUAGAAUUAUUGUUUUUGUAUGCCACUUUGGUCCUUUAAUAAAUUCAUGAUAGCUGUAAUCAAUACUUUA